AUAACCACGCCCCCCGCAGCCAAACGGCGCGCGGUUGGACGGAUUCGAAACGGUGUCCAAACUGCGAAAACGUGCUUCUGCCCGUUGUAAGAGAGCAAAGGAGCGCUGCCAAGCGGCUUCACCGCCAAACACUACUCCCACGUCUCCGAUCCCCUAAAACGCCGAGAAGCCGGGUGGAGAACGCAGGUGCUACUGGGGGAGCCCCCACCGCCUCAGCCUCAGCCGCGCCGGCCGUUUGAACCGACCGGAAGUGCGCGUCAAGAGACUUCCGGCAGUUGAGUCGUGGAGAGAAAGGAGUGUCGGCAAUGGCGACCAAGAGGUUGGCACGGCAGCUUGGAUUAAUUAGGAGAAAAUCAAUUGCAUCGGGAAAUGAAAAUCUAGGAAGAAGCAAAUCCAACCAGUUGUUUGACUACUUAAUCAUCAUUGAUUUUGAGUCGACAUGUUGGAAUGAUGGGAAACGUCACCAGAGCCAGGAAAUAAUUGAAUUUCCAGCAGUAUUGCUGAACACAUCAACUGGAAAGAUUGAAUCUGAGUUCCAUGUUUAUGUUCAGCCUGAGGAACAUCCAAUUCUUUCUGAAUUUUGCAUGGAACUGACAGGCAUAAAGCAGGUUCAAGUUGAUGAAGGAGUCCCAUUGAAGAUUUGCUUGUCUCAGUUCUGUAAAUGGAUUCAGAACAUUCAGCAACAGAAGAAAAUUAUUUUCACUACUGGGGUUUCAGAUCUUUCUACUUCUGAAGUAAAAUUAUGUGCAUUUGUUACUUGGUCAGAUUGGGACUUGGGAGUUUGCCUGGAGUAUGAGUGUAAAAGAAAACAGCUGUUAAAACCUGUGUUCUUAAAUUCUUGGAUUGAUCUCAGAGUAACUUACAAGAUUUUCUAUAGGAGAAAACCAAAAGGACUAACUGGUGCCCUGCAGGAAGUAGGAAUAGAAUUCUUGGGACGAGAACAUUCUGGGUUGGAUGAUUCUCGGAAUACUGCCCUUCUUGCUUGGAAAAUGAUCAGGGAUGGUUGCUUAAUGAAAAUUACAAGGUCCUUAAACAAGGUUCCCACUAAGAAGAAUCCCAACAUUUUGGCCAGAAAUUUGAAUAUGAAUCAAGUUGAAGAAACAUCAGCCUACACCAGUAGCAUUCAGCGUCCCGGCACACAUGAAAGGGAGCCUAAAAAUACAGAAAAUUCUCAUGAGAAAGUUGAAAUGAGGUCAGUUGGUGUAAAUUCUCCUAUAAAGGUACAGCAAGAUCAGUUGCAACUACAAAAUAAUAAAAAAGCGGGUCUUGACAAUGUCAAAAGCUGUUUAUCUCUUUUUAAUACUAAGUUCUCUACUUCUCUGGGGCAGUUGCAGUCUCCGAACUCCAAUGCAUCUAUUCAGAAGCAAAUAAAAAAUGAGCAUCUUGCAUUUAAUACCAAAGCUAAGUCUUCAACAAAUAGUUCAGAGUUUGUACUUGUUUCAACUACCAUUUCAUCGGCUAAUCAUGUUUCUGAUAUGGAAAUGAGUUCCGCUCUUGACUGUUUACCUAUGUUGGCUGAUUGGGAGGAUAUAGCUUUAUUGCCAGCAUCUCAGCCUGAGCAAAAUUUAAAUUCUAUACCUCCCAUUAGUGACUCAAACUUAGACCUUUCAUUUAGAUCUGGAGGAAGAGUAAUGGGUUUAAAAGAAUCUGAAAUGUUAAGUCAUGAAAACAUUGGAGGCAGGGAAGAAACUCCUCAAAAAUCUGAGACCUCUAAGUCUAUUGCAUAUAAGAGUCUACAUACUACUAUUUAUGAAGGAAAAGAAGUCCAAGAUCCAAGUUCAGAUGUUUCUGUCUUUAAAUUACCUAAAUGCAAAUCAAGUAGCUUCAACAAUAUGCCUUACCCUUCAGUUUUGCGGACUCAUCAGCUACUUCUAGGUGGUACUAAAAGGAAUCCAUCCAGUCCCCCAGCUUUCCCAGCAGCAAAAAAACAGACCUUUACUAUUCAUGAAGAAAAGCCUACAUCAUCUAAUGGCUCCCCAGUGAAAAUUUCUUCCCCAAAGAUUGCCCCCUCUAUUUUAACUUCUGUAGUUAAUCUACAAGACCCUUGGAAGAGUGGGAAAAUGACGCCUCCUUUAUGCAAGUGUGGCCGAAGAUCUAAGAGACUUGUUGUUUCUAAUAAUGGACCAAACCAUGGCAAAGUCUUCUAUUGUUGCCCUAUUGGGAAAUACCAAGAAAAAAGAAAAUGUUGUGGUUAUUUCAGAUGGGAACAAACACUUCAAAAGGAAAGAGCCAGCAACAUAGUUCUGCCUCAUUCCUCAGGGGGACUCACUUCUAGUACUCUAGAAACAAGCCAUAGUUGUGACAGAAAUGUAUAUUUUUCUACUAAAAAUUCAUUGAGACUCAGACCUUCAAUGAGGAACUGAUAAACUUGCUUUACAUCUGAACUAUGUUUUUACUUUAAUGUGACUUUUAGUGUGGUGAAAAGAAAAAAAAAUGUAUAGGGCUACAAGUUAUGAGGACUUAGUAUAUCUGAGUUCCAUAGACCACAAUGGGCUAUUACAUUCAUACAUGCACACACUGAAAAAAGAGAAAAAUUACAUUUCACAGCUUCUAAUUUCAUUCACCAGUUAUCUGAAACAUUUGUCUUCUGUUCAUGUAUGAAUCCUGAUUGUUCCUUAAUUCCCAAACUUUCUAAGUAUCUUGGUGUCUUAACACUGUUUUAUUUAUUUUUCAUAUAUUAUCAUUUGCCAAAUUUAUCAUACUUUUUUGAACCACAAAUGAUAUAUUUUAUAAACUAUUUAUUAGAUUAAAUACAAUAAGCAAAAAUUGUAUAUGAUACCUUUUUUUACAGUUAGACCUUAAAAUAAGACUUAAAUUAUUUUUAAGUUAUUUGAAUAAAAGUGUGACUAAUAAAAAUCUGUAGCCUUUUUAGGUAGAUGCUUGUACUUUGAAAAUUAUGAUAAUCUUCUGAUAUUUUAAUUUUUCUAAAAACUUUUAUAAGUUUUUUAGUUUUAUUCCAGUGCUUGAAGAUUUGUCCUGAUUUGUCUAUCAACAUAGCAAAAGAAUUAUACAACUAUGAUUUGAAAAUCAACAGAUCAGAGAUUUGGUUCAGAAACUGCUUCUGUACUGUAUAUUUAAAUAUCUCAGCUAUUAAUGGUAUUCUUUUUAUAUGAUCAAAAUUAUAAGAACAUUGACAGUAAUGCAGAGUUUACUGGCUUUUAUUUGAAAAUUCAGUCUCUGAUGUUAUAACCAUAUUUUUUAAAUCAAUAGUUUAUAAGCAUACUAUCAUUUUUAAUGACCUCUCUACAGUCUUACGGUUUUUACAGAGUCUUUGUUUUAUAGAUAUUGCAAUAAUUAAUAGAAUGGAUUUAAAUUGUUUCCCAUUCUUUCUUCCUCAGUUCAUUUCUUUUUAUCUUCCCACUGACAGUCUUUGGCAGCUCUUGAAUAAAUUCUACCUGUUGAUAUUAAGAGAAGAAAGUUAGCCUGUAAGUUUUCAUCUUUAGAUAAAGUCAAUUCUGUAGCAGUUCUAUUAUGAACUCUAGGUGAAAGAUUUAGGACACCCACUGGGGUGGGUAUUUGGUAACAACCAAAAAGGGAGAGAGAUACUGCUGAGAUUUUUCUUGAUAGUUAGUAUUUAUUUACAAGUCUGGUGAGCUAAAUGACCCAAUCAAGAGUUUCAUUUUAAUUGCAAAGAUUCUGAUUCAGCUCCAUGUCAUUAUUUCAGUUUUGGAACAUUGAGUGUGUAGCAUGUUUGAGGAGAAUGUUCAUUAAAAUGGGGAACAAAAACAGCUGAAAAUCUCCAGAACCUAUGAAGCAAAUAGGCAUCAUAAUUAGAAUACUUACCUUUCUGGGAUAUUUGUAAGGUGCUGUGGUUCUUUUUACAUGCUCCUGAAUCUCCUUUUUCAGUCGUUCUUGAUCAUGUGACUUAUAAUCAGCAUUCAGAACAAUAAAAGCCUUUACAACCUGAAAUAAAUAUUUGACAU